UGUACGAGCGCUUGAAGAACAAAGUGACAUGUACUGGUAAUCCUAUGGACAAGAUACGAAUACAUAACACUGAGGAUUCGUGAUUGGGAUGAUAACUAUGCUUGCUUGCUUCAUGCAUCAUAGGCCGGAGGAGAUUGAUGAUCUGACUUGUUGCGAAUUUGUAGCAGCUGAAAGAUGUCCUUUGCACCGAGGACCUCACUAACCUCAGCCAAGAUGACCUCACUAACCUCAGCCAAGAUGCAGACCAAAAUGAGUGCCUGGACACCUCUUAACCACCAGCUGUCUAAUAACAAUGUGUUUCAAGAGCGGAGAAACCUGCUGGGAAAAUGGUUUGACAAGUGGAGUGACGGCCAGAGGAAGGCGGUUCUACAGGACUUUUUCUCGCGGUGUUCAGUGGGCCAGCUGCGUUUCCUCCGUCAGAACCUGACCAAGAGGGUUCCAGAAGAGAACCUAGACUUCACCUCUGUCCUGCCCAGAGUUCUCUCUCUCUAUAUCUUCUCUUUCCUCGACCCCAGGAGUCUUUGCAGGUGUGCACAGGUGAGUUGGCACUGGAAGGGUAUAGUUGAGUUGGACCAGCAAUGGAUGCCCAAGUGUCUUAAACUGGGCUGGUGCAUCAACUUUGCUCCCACACCAUUUGAACAUGGGGUCUGGAAGAGACACUACAUAGAGACCGUACUGGAGCUCCACAUCGGCAAACCUAAGACUCUAUCACAGCAGGAGUUCAUUGUCCCCGAGGUGACGUCCAUAAACAGUGUGACGUUUGACCAAUCAGAGAGCUUCCUCAGAGAGGUGCGAUCCGCACGCCCCGCCCAGCAAGAGAGGAGCGGUGGCGGCACCACGAGGUGGUCAGGAGGGUCCCAGCUGAAGGGGCUACCCCCGUGGAGGGGUGCAGACAGACACCCCACUGACACCGUGCGAUUCAAUUAUCUGGAAAAUCUGGACCCCAUAGAGCAUGCCCACCAAGCAAAAGUGAAGAGCAGAGGGGUCUUCAACACAUACAGUGAAAAUAACAAAGAGCUGUCUGCAUUCAAUUAUAAACUGCGCAAGGCAAAGUCAUUGAUGUUCCUGUCCUUGGACCUGACUCCAGGUUCGAGUUCUGGAGCAGGACAGCAGAAGCAGAACCGGUUCCGCCCCCAAUGGGCCACACAGAGCCUAGAGUACCCUGUCACCAAGGCAACAGCCAAGAGCCUGUCGCGGUCGAGCCAAUGGAACGCUGGGAUACGACCUGGUCCUGUGAGGCCAGCGGUGCCCAGGCUCAGUCAGGAAGGACUGAGGGCAUCAAUGAGGACAAACAGGAGUACUCCUAGUUAGAAACAUCUUUCCCUCCCUUCCUUCCUCCUUUCCUACAAUCUGUUCAUCGCACAGGACACACAGGACCACGCCUAGUAAGACAAUAGAUGACCAAUCCUUUCAUGUACAUUCUUGGUUGAACUAACAGAAUGAGCUCUCCAUCAAAAAGGAAACUUGUGUCCAAGCAAACACGUGACAUUAUAUUCUUACUCAAUUAAUGCUUUCUUUCACUGUGUGAAUGUUCUGUAUCAUGUAUGAUGUAUAAUUGACUUACAUGGUUUGAGGUUUCAGCAGCACCACUGUUUGAGGGGCAGCCUUGGAGGAUACAAGCUUCCAGUGGUGGAUCAGACGAGUGAACUCUAUCGCCACCCUGUGGAGCACGUUAGUACUGUAGCACAGACACAACGCAGCAGCGGUGCUCAACUGGAGUCUGACCAAUGUCUUGUGAGCAGAAACUUCAACAUUGUCAGAAUUUUGUGCAACUUCCGGCGCGCGUUUACAGUGAGCACUGAGGCUGUACCCAUACAGUUUUAGACAAUGGGCCAAAUAGGUGACUGUAAAUUGCCUUGGGUUGUAUGAUGCAAGAACCCCCUUUACAAAUUAAAAUGAAUUAUUACCAUACAGAGAAUUAGACAAUGUACGCCACCCCUCUGCCUAUUGGCUUAUUUGCAUAUUCAAGCCUGUCUCAAAAUACAACUCUGCUCCUUUAAUUAAGACAAGCUUUUUACCGGACUGACUUUUCAAAGACAUGUUGAAAUGUAGCCUACACGUUUUGUGCUCUUGUAGGAAGCUGGAACUCCCCGUUGCUGACCUAUACUAAUCUAUAACUGAGCUAAUAACGCGCUAACUAGCAAAGAAUAUCAAGAAGUGUGCGCACGGGCGGCUCAGAUCUGAAAAGUGCAUUCACUCUACGCCAUGCCUCUGGCUACAACAAAAUCAGACUCAAUAUUGUAAAAUUAGGUUUGUUGCAUUGAAAAGGGGCUGAUAUGUUGAUUCGAUCACAGAAAAAAACGUGAUCUAUAUAUUGCAAACUAAUUGGGCGAACUCAGUGAAGUUCAAUCUCAUGCAUUUCUUCUGCGCAGCAGUCCUGGAGGAAAUGCGCGCAAGUUUAGAGGGAACAUUGGUCGAGUGGUUAUUUAAUCAGACACCCGCGACCGAUUUCUAAAGUGGUUAUUGUUUUGGGGUGAUGAAUAAAAGACUCCAGUCUGCACUUAAACUACGAAAGCCAGGUAAAGGUUGUAGAAAUCAUUUUAAAAAAUGUAUCUCAAUAUCGAGCUAUUUAGCAGAUUUGGUUGAUUUUGUGGUCUCAAACCAGUUAGCAUACACACGUUUAUCAAUCAUGGGUCAAAUUAGUAUUGACAAUAGAACAUGUGGGAACGUUGUUACCUUGUCAUAUACAUUGCUACAGUUACUAUCAAUAUAGCGUUACAAAUUCUUCUCCAGGUGGCUUUUUUUAGUUCUAAUAUUGGGUUGCGACCGAGACAACGGGUACCAAUUUGGGUCCGGAGGCAAAACCAGUUGAGAAGCACUGGUAUACAAUACAGAGGACGUACAGUACUGAUAACAGUACUAUACAUACUGAAGUAGUGAGAAUCAGAAUAGAAGCCGUUCAACCAAACAGUACUGGGAAGAUGGAACUGAGAAGUGUACUCUUGAUUUUACAUCAAAUCAUGUUGACGUACAUUUCCACUAAGUUGAAUUAUGACAAGAACACACUGUGGACAUGACUAUAUAAUUUUAUGUUUGGUAUGGAA